AUGGUCAACCUCUCCGACCAUAUCUCGUGGAAGCGCACCAGGACCUCUGGAGCUUCCAACAAUGUCCACCAUGUUUUGGUUUUGUCCACCACAUUCGUCAUUUGCUUCUCCAUCUCCAUCAUCCUCCUCUUUAUCUAUGCUCUCCAGACUGAGAGGGUUCACGUCAUGGCCAGUCGCGCUUUCCACAAGGGCGUCGAUUGGUGUGGUUCCACUCUGGUUGCUUUCAUCGCCAGCUUCUUUGCUGCUCUGGACGUUGAUCUCUUCGUUGCUGGCCAUCAUGCGAACCAUCUCAAAGCUAUCUUUAGCGAAAACAACUUCCAUCCCAUCAUUCUUCCUGCUGUCAACAACAUCAUCAAUCUCUACAACUCUGCUUCCAACUAUCUCAUCGAAUUCUCUAACGCCAUCGGAGACCGUCUACAUGAGCUGAAGCUGAACUGGAGCAGGAUGAGAAAAAGAUGCGUGGGGUCGUUAUCAUCUCAACUACAGUAUUGUCUGAUGGAGACUCUCUGUGAAGCUGUGGAAUGGCUGUCCGCCCACCCAUCUCUCGUUCCUGAGUAUAUCCCGGAUCGCGCCCAUGAUGUGACUGGAAUUCACUGGAGACCCUUGACCAUGGUUGAGGACUUGGAGGAGCCUUUGUCUGCUGUCUCGGACAGCGAUAUUCUUCAGCACCUCAGCGAAGCGCUGCCCAACUCUGACGAGCUUCUCAUCUUGCACCUUCGCGACAAAAUCUCACAUUAUGGCUUUACUAGUGACCUCUUGCGUCAGAGUCUACAGAUUCAAGACAAAAUCAUGCAUCUUCUGUCUCAGGGAACACUGAGCAUGGAGGAUCAUACCAAAGUCCAGGCGGUUGGGGUCGAUCUCAGUACUUUGGUUUUGCGAGUUAUAGACAUUUACGACGAGUUUGUUCUGGAUGGCACAUCUAGUGACGAGGAGUAG